UCAUCAUUUUCCUCUGUUUACCGGGAAAGGCAGAGAGAUUUGAUGGCUCCCCUGGGUGAAGUUGGGAACUAUUUUGGUGUGCAGGAUGCAGUGUCUUUUGGGAAUGUACCCGUAUUGCCUGUGGAUACCCCUGUGCUGUUAAGUGACCACCUGGGUCAGUCUGAAGUAGCAGGGCUGCCCAGGGGAUCUGCAGUCACUGACUUGGAACACUUAAAGGGGAUCCACAGAAGGAGACAGCUCUAUUGCAGGACUGGCUUUCACUUAGAAAUAUUCCCCAAUGGUACUAUCCAAGGGACAAGACAAGACUACAACAGAUUUGGCAUUCUGGAAUUUAUAAGUAUAGCAGUGGGUUUGGUCAGCAUCCGAGGUGUAGACAGUGGACUGUACCUUGGAAUGAACGAGAAGGGGGAGCUGUACGGGUCGGAUAAAUUGACUCAAGAAUGUGUGUUCAGAGAGCAAUUCGAAGAAAACUGGUACAACACGUAUUCAUCAAACCUCUAUAAACACGCGGAUACUGGACGUCGAUACUAUGUAGCAUUGAAUAAAGACGGAACGCCAAGAGAAGGGACUAGGACUAAACGCCAUCAAAAAUUUACCCAUUUUUUACCUAGACCUGUAGUCCCUGAAAAAGUACCUGAACUUUAUAAAGAUAGUCUAAGCCAAAGUUGACAAAGACAAUCCCUUCACUCGAGCCCUUAAAGAAAAUCGGAGGGGAAAAAACAAACACGUAACCACUAUAAAAGGUUUCACGCGGCGGGUUGUUAUUGAUUAGCUGUGUCAUCACAUCAGCUCCACUGUUGCCAAACUUUGUCGCAUGCAUAAUGUAUGAUGGAGGCUUGGAUGAGGACAUGUUGGUUCUGUUCUGCACUUAGAGGUUUACCCUCCUAAAGGAAAGGCUGUGCCCACUCGCUUGAUUUAUUAACACUCCAAUAAUAUAAAUAAAUUCUUAAUCCCCCCCCACAAAUAAGCAAGCGAGAAAACAAAGUAAAAAGGAAUGAGGCCUGAUGCAUGCUGGGAAAUAGACAUGCUUUUUAAAUUUUUGAUCAGUUUUACUUCAUCUUAUAUCAGCCUAGCUCCCCAUUCUUUGACUCAUCAGAAUCUUUUGGCUGGAGGCCUGCUCAGAUGUAAGCGCAUUUUACAAUGGCAUGGAUGGGGGCAGUCUUACUUAAACAAGAGAAAAAAAAUAAAGACUUCAGUUACUUGCUCAUUGGGUUGCCAUCCUGUUGAGCAUAAAUUAAAGACCUCUUAGUACAGAAAAAAAAGUUUAAAAAAACAAACAAAAAAAAUAAAAAUAACAAAAAAACUUUAAAUUUAUUUAUAGAAAUU